UAACAUUUGGUCUUUGAAAUUUGAUUACUAUUAUUGAACAUACUUUGUAACGACACAAAAAUCCCUUCAUAUUAGGCUAACCACCUGGAUAACCUAUUAGUACAGCUUUAUGAGGACCUUGCUCCUAUGAAAGCGGCGAUAAUACUAUUCUAAACCACCAUCGAGUGUAACAACCGGACAUCAAUUUUCGAUAGAUGGCUUUUACCUAUUUUAAGCGUAGUGAAGCGUCCCAGAACUACCUUAGGUACCUACCUCAUAUGGUAAACAAUAGUUAUACCAGACGCGUAUCAGCGGCGUUCCCCAAACCCAAUCACCCCCUCUUGAACGCUUAUCAGUCCCGGUUCCCCCUCAUCCUAAGAUCGACCCCUAUUGAUAUGAUAGCAACGAAUCCCCCAAGUACCUAGACUAUUUAAUGCCAAGUAGUAUAAUCAACUGAGCAGUAGAGCCAACAUAUAUCUCUCUCUUUAUCUGUUCGUCAAAUCUGAAGGAGGUAGUAACCCGUAUCAUGUCUCUAACUCCUCGUGUACUUAUCGCAAACCGCGGCGAAAUUGCGGUACGAUGUAUUAAUGCGUGCAAACGAUUAUCCUUCCCAAGCGUCGCCAUUUUUACCACAGCAGACGCCAGUUCGCUUCAUGUGCGCCUCGCCGAUUCGAGUGUCCUCCUUGAAGGAGAAGGACCCCAAGCAUAUACGAACAUUGAUUCAAUUCUUGAUAUAUGCAAGGAAAAAGAGAUUACCGCCGUCUUUCCGGGCUACGGCUUUCUAAGCGAAAACGCCGAAUUUGCUCGUCGAAUUCACGAUGCAGACAUCGUCUUCAUUGGCCCUGAUAGCGAGGCUAUUCAUCAGAUGGGCUUGAAACAUGUAGCGAGAGACCUAUCAGUCUCUGCAGGUAUUCCAGUUAUCCAAGGUUCCGGGCUCCUUAAGAGCGCGACGGAGGCACUUGAGAUAGCCCGUAAGAUCGGCUUCCCAGUCAUAGUAAAAGCAUCCGGUGGAGGCGGCGGCAUGGGUCAGUACGUUUGCGAGACCGAAAGCGACGUUCCGACGGCGUUUGCUAGUGUAGAUAGCCGCUCGAGAGAACUAUUUCAUGACACGGGCGUCUUCAUAGAAAAAUACUACGGUGCAAGCCACCACAUCGAGGUCCAGGUUUUUGGUAAUGGCACAGGGGAAGUCGUAGACUUUGGCGAAAGGGAAUGCAGCAUUCAGAGGCGUCGCCAGAAGGUGGUAGAGGAAUGUCCAAGCCCCUAUUUAGUAGACAAAGCGGGCUUAAAAGAUCGACUCAUUUCUGCUGCUUUGACAAUAGCGAAAUCGAUUAAAUAUCGGUCAGCCGGAACUGUGGAGUUCCUCGUUGACGACAUAACAGGGGACUUUUUCUUUUUGGAGAUGAAUACGCGUUUGCAAGUUGAGCACGGUAUAACAGAAAUGCGCUAUGGUGUCGAUCUUGUCGAUUUGAUGCUACAGCAAGCCAAGUAUCAGCUAGAGGGGAAAGUCGGCAUCCCUUCUGACGAGCUCUUGAGAAUUCGAGCAGACGCAACCCCUAAAGGGUCGGCGAUUGAAGUUCGGGUAUGCGCUGAGAAUCCAGCUGAUUCCUUUCUGCCAAGCUCGGGUCACGUCCAGUCGGUUAUUUGGCCUAGACAACACGGUCGAGUCGAUACGUUCAUACAGCUUGGCACAUUUGUUAGCCCCUAUUUCGACUCGCUCCUAGCCAAAAUAAUCAUACACCGAGCUACCCGAGAAGAAUCAGUUGUGACCAUGCGAAAAGCAUUGGAAACGACAGAAGUUGGCGGACUGGUUACGAAUUUGACAAUAUUGAAGUCAAUAAUCAGCUCGCCGGAAUUUUCUUCGGGAAGAACCCUCACGACAUUUCUAGACACACAGUUCACUUUCCAUCCUACAGGGAUCCAAAUAAUCGAACCAGGUGCAUUUACCACCAUACAGCAAUCCCGUCACAGGACAACGAAAGGGUAUGGAAUACCGCCAAGUCAGCCAUUAAACACUUUGGCUGCAACUAUUGCCAACCUGCUCGUCGGAAAUUCACAAGAUGUAGAAUGUCUUGAGGUUACUGCCCGCGGACCCAAACUCCGAUUCUUUAGUUUAAGCGUAGUAGCCAUUACCGGUUACCCAUUCUCAGUAGAAGUAGACGGAAAUAAAAGAGAGAUGUGGUCCACGAUUGUUGUGAAUCCGGGCGAAACACUCAAUAUUGGAUCAUCUGUCACACCAGGAGGUCGAUGCUACAUCGCGGUCCGAGGAGGAUUUCCCGGGGUGCCUGAAUGGCUUGGAUCUAAAUCCACCACGCCGAAUCUCGUCUUCGGAGGUAUCCAAGGUCGACAACUACGGCCUGGCGACCACUUGGAAGUGAUAGACAUUGAGAAAUCUGAUCUACCUCAUUCGUAUCAGCUUCCACCAGACUUGAUCCCCCCCACGACCGUGACAAGUAUUUACGUGAUGCACGGUCCACACGAUUCCGACGAAUACAUCACAGAAGCUGGCAGAGAAAUAUUGUACUCGAGCGAAUGGACUAUUGAUUAUAAUUGUAACAGAACUGGCAUACGCUUGGUCGGCCCGCAGAUUGAGUGGGCAAGAAGUCAUGGACAGGAAGGUGGUAGUCACCCUAGCAAUGUCAUCGAAUAUGGAUAUCCUCGUCCUGGUGGGGUCAACUUCACUGGUGACAGCCCAAUCUUGUUCUCGCAAGAUUCGCCCGACCUAGGCGGCUUCAUAUGCUCCUCCACAGUUAUUUCUGCAGAUUUAUGGAAACUCGGAGCUCUCAAGCCCGGAGAUAAGAUGAGACUGGAACCAGUUUCGUACAGUUCUGCUCGGAAGCUAGCCAGCCAACAGGCCGACUUCAUCAACGCGGUCGCGAAACAUAUAUCGAACGGCAUUUUGGCAUAUGAGAACCCCCUAUCGCUCCUAGAGCUCCACGAGGAGUUUCUAAAGCCCGAUGCGUUAUUACAAGUAAUUUCAAGUGACCAAGAAGGGCCGACACUAACAUUACGUCAAGGCGGCGAUUGCUUUAUUAUUGUUAAUAUAGAUACCUCUCGGGAGAUAGGCCUUGAGACUUCGGUGGCAGCGAACAAUAUUGCGAGAUCUAUCAUAACCCGUAAAGUCCCGGGGACUUUCGUACAUAUCAAUAUCAGCUCUAUAACCGUCGAGUACGAACCGGACUUGAUCGCUCAGUCAGACGUGGUGCAGUUAAUCAUCAAAUCCCACCAGCAAAGCAGUGCUAUUGACAAACCGUUACCCGUUCGUCGCUUCCGUCUCCCUAUCGUCUUCGAUCAUCCUUCGAUUCGCGAAGCCGAGAACCGUUACGUUACCUUACAACGUAGCAAGGCAGUCUAUAACCCAGAUAAUGUCUCUUACGUACAAGAGAACAACGGACUCAGCUCCCGAAAUGACGUGUUCGAAAUCCUUCACAAGACGCAAUUCCUCGUGGUUACCGUCGGCUUCAUGGCGGGUUUACCGCUAUUAUGGCCCCUCGACCCUAUGCCUCGCCUCACUUCUCAGAAGUAUAAUCCUACGCGAAUCUCUACACCCCCAGGAACAGUGGCCCUCGGUGGCGGCAUGUUCUGUAUUUACCCAGGCGACCAGCCUGGUGGCUAUAUGAUGCUUGCAAAAUCCAUUCCGGUGUGGGAUAUGUACACAUUAAAGCCAGGCUUUCAAGUGGGUAAACCGUGGCUUUUCGAACCGUUUGACCUCGUCGAGUUUUACAAGGUGAGCCUAGAGGAAUACGAAGAGAUUUGGAGGCAGUUCGAGGCUGGUACAUAUGAGAUACAGAUCGAAGACGCCGAGUUUGACGCCCAUGCCGAACUUGCCAAGGACAACAAGAAUCGCGAUCUACCCGAGGUAGUCGAGUUCCGCGCUAAGCAAGCAGCGGCAGAACAGAAAAUGCGUGCCCGGGAAGAAAUCCUCCUAUCGGAGUGGCAAGAGGAACAAAAGACGAGUCAUACUAGUAGCCACGUAGUAGGGGAAGAAACAGCAGUCUCAUCGCCGCAAAUGGGAAAGGUAUGGAAGAUACUUACGCAGCCGGGCGAGUUAAUAGAACAGGACAAGGCGGUUGUUAUCCUCGAGUCUAUGAAGAUGGAGAUCCCAGUAAUGGCGGAGGAAUCUCAUCACGGUCUUAAAGUAAAGGAAGUUCUCGUGAAAGAAGGAACGCUUGUUUCACCUGGCACGUCCCUGGUUCUUCUUGAGGACGUCAAUUAAACGAAGGAGUGACGCAGUCUUGAGAUUGGCUAGUUCUACACAGCGAACACCUACAUCAUCUAGUUAUUCUAUCAAUCAAUACCAUGAGUUCAGCAUUUAUUAAUAUUUUGGUACAUAAGGA